CCUACCACCAUUUGUGCACUGCAACUGUCAGCUUCAACCAGACACAUUCAUACGAAAUCAGAAGACCAAAUUUCGUGCUCUUGUCAAUUCUCAGUGGACUUUACUGGUGGAAAAAAAAAGUUAUUAUAGAUGUAUGAAAAUAAAUUUGCAAGGGUAGCAUCUUCACCGAAUAGUAAUUUUUCAUAUUUCGGGAUCUCAAGGGAGAGUGAGCCAUAAACACUCCACUAAAAUGCUAGGGAGCGUAUUAGUGUGGUUGCGUAACGUGCUCGGCGCCGUCACGGUGGAACCGGUGAUGUUGGUUGACGGAGCCUGCAAAGAGGCGAUGUUGAUCUACACAGAGAACGUUCAAAUGAAUAAGAUUUGUUCGGUCAAGCUAGGAUAUCCACCCGAGGUGUGUGACAACCUGAUGGCCCACAAAGAGGAAAGCAUCACUGUACAAAGAGAGUUAUCCUUGUUCGCCUUCUACAACAGCAUCCUCAUGUCCAUCCCGCCGCUCAUUUUCAUUCUCUUUAUGGGCGCGUGGAGCGACAAGUACGGCAGAAAGAUUCCUCUGCUUAUAACGAUGGCGGGCCAUAUGAUCUAUGCUGUUGGGUACCUGCUCUCCCACUGGCAAACCACCUGGCCGGUCGAGAUUCUUUACCCAAUAACAUUGCUUGAAGCCCUGGGCGGAGCCAAUGUUGGCAUUCUGUCUGCGACAACCAGCUACAUCGGCGACAUAACAAGUGAAAAGCAACGAACAUCACGCAUGAUUAUAGCAAAUUCUUUUUGGUACUUGGGAGGACCUGUGGGCACACUGGUGGCGGCUAUAAUGAUAAAGCACAGUGGCUACCACCUUCCCCUGGCGAUGGUGUUCUUGGCUUACGCCGCAGCCACAAUAUAUAUCAUUUUUUAUGUCAAGGAGAGCCACGGUCCCCUCGCAAAGAAAAACUCAGAGGCUCAGGAAUCUGUGUCUCAGGACAGUGCGCCACAAAGUGUGACAAUCGGCAAAAUGGUGAGAGACCUCUUCAACUGGAGGCGAGUGGUAGAAUCGUUCAAGACUGCCCUCAAGAAGAGAGAGGGUAACACGCGUGCCAUCCUGGUAGUGGUCAUCCUGGCGAACAGUAUACGUCGCAUGGCCAGAGGGUUCUUCAUGUACCAGUUUGUGCGUCACGUGCUGCACUGGGACGCCACCGACUACGGCUACUGGAUAUCCUACCGACACCUACUGGCUGCUCUCGGAUCUCUGUUUAUUGUGCCACUGUGUUCACGACUGCUGAGCAUCAGAGACAAUGUGCUAAUCAUCGUCGGGGCGCUGUCCAUGGUGGCGGAGUACGUAUGUUAUGGCCUGGUGAACGGCGCAGCACAGACCUUCCUCAUGUGGCUAGCCCCUGUGGUUAGCGUCAUCUCCAACGCCUACAUCAUCGCCUUCAGAUCACUGUCCACCAAAUUAGUCAAUUCCCAUGAAAAAGGACGCAUCAGCGCAGUGAUGGCGGCACUCAACGGCCUCAUGCCGAUGGCUGGUUACUCCGUCUACUCUCCCAUCUACUAUCACACCGUCGACACUUUCCCUGCAACUCAGUUCUUCUUCGGCGCCAGUCUUAACGUCCUGAUAAUGAUUGCUUUUAUAGGAAUCGAGGUCACGAAUUCUUCGUCAGCUAAGGGUAGCAAGGACACUGAAAUGGGUAAGAAUAAUAAUAACUCCACAGAUGCUGAUGAAGACCCUAAGACGAAGCCACAAGUCUUUACUACAGCGCUCAGCAGAUCGGCCAGCUUUCCCAGCGAUAAAUGCGUCUCCUGCAAACUUAAAAGGCCUAGUAAACCUCUUCCCGAUAAGAAUGACGGUUGCUUCAGCAAUGCACUCACUGACUCUGAGCUUACGGCGUCAGAGCGACCGACUGUUACUCCACAAAAACAUGUCAGUGGGUCAGGUGACUGAAAAUGUGAUAUUCCAGGCUGGAAGGAGAUCUUCAGCCACCUAAUCUACCUCAUUAUUUAUAUAGAUGUAUGAAA